AUGUUUAAAAGAUUUUCCAAGAAGAAGGAGGUUCCAGAAGACCCAAAAAACCUGAUUGACAUUGAUAAGCCGAUCAAAGAACUUCCUGCCUCGAUACCUAUUCCAAAGGAGAAACCACUUACCAGUGAGCAGCAAAAAAUGUAUGAUGAGGUGCUAAAACAUUUCAGUGACCCUGAUUUGAAGAUUUAUACAAGCGAAAAAAAUAAGUCAGAGAAUGAUCUUAAACCCUUAGAGGAAGAAGAAAAGGCAUGGUUGACAAGAGAAUGUUUCUUACGUUACCUAAGGGCUACCAAAUGGGUGCUAAAAGACUGUAUCGAUAGAAUCACCAUGACUCUGGCGUGGAGAAGAGAAUUCGGCAUUAGCCAUUUAGGAGAAGAGCAUGGUGAUAAAAUAACUGCUGACUCCGUGGCUGUCGAGAACGAAUCCGGUAAGCAAGUGAUUUUGGGUUACGAAAACGAUGCUAGACCUAUCUUAUAUUUGAAACCAGGCAGACAAAACACAAAGACUUCUCACAGACAAGUGCAGCACUUGGUUUUCAUGUUAGAAAGGGUUAUCGAUUUUAUGCCAGCUGGUCAAGACUCUCUAGCUUUGUUAAUAGAUUUCAAAGAUUACCCUGAUGUCCCCAAAGUACCUGGCAACAGUAAAAUUCCACCCAUUGGUGUGGGUAAGGAAGUGCUGCAUAUUCUACAAACUCAUUAUCCAGAAAGACUAGGAAAGGCACUGUUAACAAACAUUCCUUGGUUAGCAUGGACUUUUUUGAAGUUAAUUCACCCUUUUAUUGACCCAUUGACCCGUGAAAAGCUGGUUUUUGAUGAGCCGUUCGUUAAAUAUGUCCCCAAGAAUGAAUUAGAUUCAUUGUAUGGUGGUGAUCUGAAAUUCGAGUACAAGCACAAUGUUUAUUGGCCAUCUCUAGUGGAAACUGCACGUGAAAAAAGAGAUCAUUAUUUUAAAAGGUUUCAAAGCUUCGGUAGUAUAGUAGGUUUAAGUGAGGUUGAUUUAAGAGGUACUCAUGACAAACUUCUUUACCCAGUAAACUCUGAAAGCACCGUGUAA